UGCGAAAUAGAGGGUAAACAGUCCUAAACACUAUUUUUGGUAGAACAAGAAUCUAAAAUGAAGACCAAGCAACAGCCGCCUCUCUGUUACACAAGAGUCAAGACACGCUCGAGAAAAGUCAAAUGGAACAAAGAAAAUAAAAACAUGCUCUGAAUUAUUUCAUUCUCCUUUUUCCACAAACCCCACGAUAUAUGUGAACACCGGAGAACCCAGCCUGCGAAUUUUCAAAACAACCAAUUCAAGGACGAUGACCGCCAUGAAACCCCAUAGCUACCGAUCCCUCUGCUUCUUCAUAAUCCCCCACCUUCUCAUCUCCAUAGCUAAUGCAGUUGACACCAUCACUCCCGCACAUCCCCUCACCGGAAACCAAACCUUAGUCUCCGCCGGUGAGCUCUUCGAGUUGGGGUUCUUUGCUUCCGGCGACUCCGGCCACCGGUACGUCGGGAUAUGGUACAAGAAAAUCAAAGACAGAACAGUUGUCUGGGUCGCAAACAGAGACAACCCACUCAUGGAUUCCGCCGGGAUCUUGAAAAUCGGCGAGGACGGGAACAUCCACUUGAUCGACAGUGCCGGAGAUUCAAUCUGGUCAUCCUCGUGGAACCGAACAGACACAUCCGUUCCUAGAAACAUAUUCGCCCAGCUUCUGGAUUCUGGGAAUUUCGUUCUUGCCGGAGAAACAGGGGAUUAUCUGUGGCAAAGCUUUGAUUACCCGACAGACACAUUGUUACCAGGAAUGAAGCUGGGAUGGGAUUCCAAGACCGGGAUUAAUCGAUACAUUUCAUCUUGGAAAAGCCCGAAAGAUCCGGGACAAGGGGAUAUAAGCUUCAAGCUAGACAUUAAUGGCUACCCAGAAGCUUUCUUGAGGAACAAAGACUUGAUCUUUUACAGAAGCGGAGCUUGGAAUGGAGUCCGGUUCAGCGGAGUCCCGGAAAUGGAGACAGAAGGAGUCAUCAGCUUCUCAUUUAAGAUGACAAAAGAUGAAAUCUACUACACAUUCCAGAUUCAGAACCAAACCCUGUACUCGAGAUUGAUCGUGAACCAGACCGAGUUUCUGGAGAGGUACACGUGGGUCCCGGAGAGCGAAAUCUGGAACAGAUUCUGGUACGCGCCGAAAGACCAGUGCGACGAGUACCGGGAAUGCGGUCCGUUCGGGCGGUGCGACGCCGACGGUUCGCCGGUUUGCCAGUGUUUGACCGGGUUCAAACCCAGAAACAAGCAGGCCUGGGAUUUGCGAGACGGGUCGGACGGGUGCGUUCGGGUCAAGGAAUUGGGCUGCGGCGGCGAUGGGUUUAUUGCGUGGAACUACACGAAGUUGCCGGAGAGUGGGGGCGCGUUUGUGGACGAGGGGAUGCGGUUGGACGAGUGCGAGAAGAUGUGCGUUGGGAAUUGCUCGUGCACGGCUUAUAGCAGCGCCAAUGUCAGCGGCGGCAGUGGGUCGGGUUGCGUGAUUUGGACGGCGGAGCUUCUGGAUAUGCGGAAGUUUCCGGCGGAAGGUGACCAACUUCUCUACGUCCGGGUGGCAGCUUUUGAUGCAGAACAAAAUGGUAAUGCAAAAAAGUCUGGACAGAGGUUUGGCAAGACAAAAGAGAUAAUCUUGGCAUGUAGCAUCACACUUGGGAUUGCCCUUAUUCUUUUUUCCCUUUUUAUGUGGGAGAAAAGAAGAACAAGGAGAGCCUUUGCUGCAAAUAUAUACCUCAGAGGUAUAGGAGAAAGAAGUGGAGAUCUUCUAAUGAAUGGAACUGUUAUUUCAAAAAAGACAGAGCUUUCUAGGGAAACACUCAAGGAAACAGAUGAGUUGGAAUUACCAUUGUUUGAUCUUGGCACCAUUGUUGUGGCAACAAACAACUUUUCCAGUGAGAAUAAGCUUGGCCGAGGUGGUUUUGGUUGCGUUUACAAGGGAAGACUCAUUAGCGGUGAAGAAAUAGCGGUUAAAAGGCUAUCAGAGAAGUCUAGGCAAGGAGUAGGAGAGUUCAAAAAUGAACUCAGAUUGAUUGCAAAACUCCAACACAGAAACUUGGUGCGGCUUCUUGGCUGCUGUGUUGAUAAUGAGGAGAAAAUGCUUGUAUAUGAAUACAUGGAAAACAAGAGUCUUGAUUCUCUUUUGUUUGAUAAAGAGAAAAGCUCAAUGCUCGACUGGAGAAGGCGGUUCAACAUCAUCUAUGGAAUUGCUCGUGGGCUUUUGUAUUUGCAUCAAGACUCGAGGUUUAGAAUUAUUCAUAGAGAUCUUAAAGCCAGCAAUGUUCUCCUGGACAAGGAAAUGAACCCUAAAAUAUCUGACUUUGGCAUGGCAAGAAUAUUUGGAGAUGAAACGGACGCCAAGACUACAAAGAGAGUAGUUGGAACAUAUGGUUAUAUGUCACCAGAAUAUGCAAUGGACGGGCUAUUCUCAAUGAAAUCUGAUGUUUUUAGCUUCGGAGUUCUUGUGCUUGAGGUAGUGACCGGGAAAAAGAAUCGAGGGUUCUAUCAACAAAAAGACAACGAUAACCUUUUGGGACUUGCAUGGAAGUUAUGGAAAGAAGGAAGGGGAUGUGAGCUACUAGAUUCAAGUUUGAGUGCAGAAACACAUUCAGAAUUCAAUAAUAAUCAAGUUCUGAGAAGUAUACAAGUGGGGUUACUAUGUGUUCAGGAAAAAGCUGAAGAUAGACCAACAAUGGCAGCUGUGAUAUUGAUGCUGAGAAGUGAAGAGGUUUUGCUUCCUCAACCUAAACAACCCGGGUUUUGUCUUGGUAGUAGACCGUUAAAAACAGAUUCAUCGUCUAGUGUUUAUAAUGAUCAAACUUCGAAUGAGCUUACAAUUACCAAGUUGGAUGGUAGAUAAUUAACAUAGACUUGUAACAUAUAUUGUUGUAAUUAGCUUUUAGUUGU